AUGAAACAAAGAGAGGACCCUGAUUAUGACAGGCUGUUCGAGGUGAGACCAUUUGUUGACAAAAUCAAACAAGGUUUUUCAAUUAUUGAACCUGAGGAAUAUCAUUCAGUGGAUGAAUUAAUCAUUCCUUUCAAAGGUCAUUCAUCCCUGAAACAGUAUGUAAAAAGGAAACCACACAAGUGGGGUAUAAAAGUUUUUGCCCGUGCUGGUUCUAGUGGAAUUUUGUACGAUUUUGAAAUAUACCGAGGGAAAGGAACUGUACAUAAUGAUACUGGUCUUGGUAUAAGUGGUGAUACUGUAAUAAGGCUUGUGGAAGGACUGCCAAAAUAUAAAAAUUUUGAAGUGUUUACAGACAAUUGGCUCAUCUCUUACAAUCUUAUUUCUGCCCUGAAAAACUAUGGCAUUUUGGCUGUUGGAACUGUUAGACCUGCAAGACUUAAAGGCUGCAAUCUAAAAGCAGACAGUGAGCUGAAAAAGCAGGGACGAGGAUCAUACGAUUAUCGAACUGAAACAGAAAGGAACAUCUUAGCGCUGAAGUUGUAUGAUAAGUCUGUCGUUCUUGCAUCAUAUACAAACGAGUAA